AACCCACAAUAAACAUUUAUUAUAGGAUAUUCAUCAAAUAUGCAAUCUAAUUAAAACUACACUUAUAAAUCGGCUUCUAAAAUCUGAAAUAUAAAAAUUAAGGAGCUGGAUUUUCAGAAAAAUCCGGUUUAUGAUCGCAAUUAUUAUGGUACCUUUGUGUUGCUUAUAUUGUGACACGUCACAUGUUGCCUUAUAUUAUACCACUUACUAAUUAUUUUGAAAAUGCAAAAGGCAAUAUAUAAUUAGACUCAAUAAUUAUCUUAAUUUUUAAUAAUCUUAAUUGUUGACGACCCAAACCCUUUCUCUUUAUCUAUACUGCUUGACUUUACCCAUUACAUUAUCUUCUUUUAAUCAAAAGGUCUACCAACAAAUGUAAAAAAAAAUGUGUUUGUGUAGGGUGUUUUUAUGAUAAUCAUCUUUGAGCUACCUAUUGAAAUAGGAUACUGUGAAUGCAUGAAUGCAUCUUUAUAAAGAAGCGUUUAAAUUCCACAUCUAGAAGUUUAAAAACGUCAUUGUUCAGAUGGAAAUCCCGAGUCAAUUGCGUAAUGUUGCUUUUUUAAAUGGUAUUUUCAUUUCCGUGAUUGUUGAAGACAAAAUUCAAAAUGCACUUGGAAUAUGUUGGUUUUCUAUUUAUAAACAUUCACGCGAUCACUGAGUCAAACGUUGUAUCACGAGUUAAAAAAGGAAAACAAUCAAUGAUAAAAAAAACAAAAAACAACCAAAUAAACCGCGUAAGCCCAUGCAUUGAUCAAUGUAAAUGUGCUGCACGUUAUCCUUUUAGAAAUCUCAAGACACGUUGGAAUGGAGGAAAAUGAAAAGUUUGUGGACAUUCUAAUUGAUUGUUUUGUUGAAUUCCGUGAGAGCGUGGACUUGCUUAUUAUUAGGGGUGACUUGAUACAAGGAAGAAUCUUUACUCCCACGCAAAUAAAAGACAUUGAAACUCCAAUUCGUUCCAAGAGUAGUGAAAAUCUUUUAAUGGAAUUCAUCGAUAAGAAGCCAUCGCAUAUAAAAUCCUUCCUUAAAAUACUAGAAAAGGAUUAUAAUUUUCUCGUGCAAACGUUUUACACUAAAUUUUCUGAGAGGUAUGGCAAAGUUCAUAACCAAAUGAAGCUGGAUAUAUUUACAAACUACAGAAAGCAACACUCUUUGCCAUUGCGUCAUAAAUUGAAAUUACUAUCACACAGAGGCGAGAUAAGUGAAUUCAAUUCUAUUGUUGCAUCAUGGGAAGAGAAAUGGGAGUUGUCACUAAAGGAGGAGUCCAUUUCGACUGAACGAAAAACGCGUUUAGCAGACAUGUAUUUCAUGACACUGGAUGCACAGCUCGAACAUCGUCGAGUAAUGUGUGACCGUGACCUCGUCAACGAUAAACUGCUUUUUACCAAAGUCAGAUAUAUUGCUUCCAUGACCUCUCAGCCAUACCUAUCAUACAUGAUGUACUUGGCCAGGUAUGGCUCUGCUAAGAGGCUGGCUGGAAUGCCAUUUGAUGAUAGCAUAAAGGAAGUUGAAGAAGCCCUCAGCCGAUUUGACUUAAUUCCUGCGUGUCGCGAAACAGGAAUUGUACUGUAUAUUUACUUUAAUAUGAUAUCUAGUAUAUAUGAAAAGGAGCCGAGAGAAUCAGAAAGAAGUCGUCUUCUAGAAUUAGCCAUAAAGGCUAUCCAUCAUUUUGGAAGAGAGGAUGAAAAGAUGGGAGAAGACUUUAGGAGGAUGGUUUUAACGAAAAUUGCUCUUGUAAAUCUUGGAAUAGGAGUUUUUGGAAAUCAUUUAAAAGAUGUUUGUGUGACCGAAGAAAACCGAAAGAAGGCCGGUGAUAUUCUGCAUGAAAUAGGAACUAAGUAUUGGGAUAAAUUAGAAGAUCGAUGGAAGAUGUUCUUCUACAUUGCAAAAUCUAAAGUUUGUGAAUUGGACAACGAUUUGCCAAAGGCUCACUUAAGUAUAGCAAAAGCAUCAACAUUUUCGUCCAAAGGUAAAUUUGUAGGCGAAGGGGUAAACAUUAAAUAUCAUUACAACCGACUGUCAUUUCAAUGGAAAAUAUUUCUCCUUAAAAAAAAUUCACACUCUAUUAUAGUAUGUACCAUGUUAUUUCUUUACAUUUUUUAUUUUUUCUUUAGUUUUAAUCUUGAAUGUUUAUUUGGUGAACAUUAGAUAUUCAUUAGAAU